UUCGCAAAGAUCUUUCUUGCGCACAUUUCCUUUCGAAAAAUCGAAAUAGAAUAGCCGACUCGACUCUAAAAGUAGUAACUUUCUAAUUACUCUUUGAAGACCUAUGGGCAGCAUGAAGCUAUCCCGCAGCAUCCUACGGACCUUUGUGAUUCUUCAGUUCUGGGGCGCGAGCGGCCAGCAAACUGCGUUCAGCCUCAUUGAAAAUGGUGUCGUCACUAACAGCACCGCCAACAUCACUGCUGGCAACGCGACAACAACGGACAAUUCCGACGAAAUUGAUGUGCCUAUCGACUUGGUUUUGGAUCUCCCCGAAUAUGCACUAGAAGACUUGAUAUCACCGCGUUUCCUAGCUUACCAGUGGCUGUUGGAUCACCCUCGGCUUUCGUCUCUGACCGAAGACAGGAAGGCUCAAAUGUAUGCGCUGGUGACUUGGUACUACUCCAUGCAAGGCGACAAAUGGGAUGAAACGGCCCAGGCGAGCUUUCUCAACUAUGACAUCUCGGAAUGUAACUGGAGCACGGAAGUGCUUUGCCGCAAUGUGACGGAUGGAAACAUCACUUAUCUGUAUCUGAGCGAUUUGGAGACUCGUGGACUGGAAGGCAUAAUGCCGGCGGAAGUAGCAAUGAUUCCUGAACUGAGAUCAAUCUCCAUUACGAAUUGUGGUUUGGAUGCUCAGUUGGAGGAAGACAUGCUGCCCCUCUCCUUCUAUCGAACAGGGCUUCGCAGAAGGCUCCGGAACAUCAACUAUUCGGGAAAUCGUCUUGAAGGCACGAUCCCGACAAGGAUUGGCCGUCUAAACAACCUCAACUCUCUAAACUUUGACGGCAACUCACUUGACGGUCCCUUGCCAUCUGAAUUGGGCCUCAUGGAUGAUCUUGUCUCGCUACGCAUAGAAAGCAACCGACUCACUUCGACUAUUCCAACCGAGAUUGCGAAUUUAAUGGAACUCGAGGUGCUCGCCCUUGAAGGAAACAGAUUGACUGGUUCCAUUCCAUUUGACAUCGGAGCAUUGGCAAACCUCGAAGAAUUGCAGCUGCAAAACAAUCGCUUCAACUCAACAAUUCCACUUGUUUUUGGGGUUUUGAUCCAGUUGAAAAAGCUUCGUUUGGAAGACAAUCAGUUCUCUGGAACACUACCAGCUCAAUUCUCCGGCCUGACCAACCUUGAAGAGUUGAAUCUCGAAAACAACCCUGGGAUUGUCGGUACCAUACCCCCACAAUGGGGGAAUCUGCAAUCUCUCACAGAAUUGCGCUUGGGUGGCACCCAGUUGGUAGGUGUUAUUCCGAGGUCCAUGUGCCAGAUACUAUCCAUCAACAUUUUGGAAGUCAAUUGUUCCAAUGUGGAGUGCCCUGCUGUCUGUACCUGCCAAUGCCAGCAAGCGGUCGUACCUAACACCAACACGACCACUAGUAGCGUCUCCAGAACCCCCUAACCCUUGAGAUGUAUUUCAAAGAG